GUAACCAACACAAAUUUCAAAAGCAAGUUACAGGAUGAACAUGGAAGAAGAGCUCGAGCAGGAUCGGAGAGCAAAACCUACUCUAACUGCUCCUGAACUUCCGACGCAGUGACUUCAAUCCCGUCCAAUUCUCAGAAAUCAAUGUGAUUCAAAAUUCAUGGGAACUUCUUUGAAGCACAAUUCAGCCAAAUUUACUGAUGCCAGAGACCCUGAAAUGAAUAAGUAUAUAAAGAACAUGUAUGGAGAACUGAAGAGCGGUAAACACCUGGUUAAAUUAUCCAAUCAGUUUUACAUGUGUCCCUACUGCCCUGAUAAAAGAAGGGACUACCAGUUUAUAGAUCUCUUGCAGCAUGCAAGUGGGGUUGGCACCGGAGGUUCACAGAAAAGGUCUGCAAGACACAAGGCAAAUCAUCUUGCCCUGGCUAAGUACUUGGAAAGUGAAAUACCUCAUAAAGCUGGUCCUUCUACAACAAUCUGUGAGGCUAAUGAUAAUGCAAAGGAGAAUUUGUUGCAGAACAAUGAGAAAAGUUCUGACAUCUGUGCCUGGGUCGUUUCUGCAAAGGAUUAUAGUUCUGAUAACAUAGUAAGAAAUGAUCUUAGCACCCUGUCUAUAAUUAUGGAAAAAGCUCAAAAUACCAACAUUUGCCCAUACUGCCCCGAGACAAGAAAUCGACGCUUUCAGUAUAAAGAUCUUGUGCAACAUGCAAAUUCCAUUGGCAAUUGUAAUUCACUGAAAAGGACUGCAAUAGACAAGGCAAUUCAUCUUGCACUAGGUAAGUACUUGGAAGGCCAUAUUACCGCUGGGUCUGGCCCAUUAGAGAAAAAAUAUGAUGCUAAUCUUAAUGGAAAGAAGAAUAUGUUUGCGAAGAAUGAGAAAAAAUCUCAUCUUGGUGCACAGGUAGUUGACGCAGACUAUAGUAAUCAUGAUAAAAUAGUUGAAGAAGAUCUCAGCACUAUGUCAAAUAUUAUGGAGAAAGCUCGAAUGACCAACAUUUGUCCAUACUGCCCCGAGAGAAUAGAUGGAGUCUUUCAAUAUAGAGAUCUUGUGCAGCAUGCGAAGUCAGUUGGAAAUUGUUAUUCUAAGAAAAGGACUGAAAUAGAUAAGGCAAUUCACAUUGCACUGGCCAAGUACUUGGAAGGUCACAUUACUACUGGAGCUGGUCCUUCAAAGCCUCCUUUGCAGGUAGAUGCAAAUAAUGAGAGUGAUGAAAUCUUUGUAUGGCCUUGGGUUGGCAUCAUAGUCAAUAUUCCCACUAGAUUUAAUGAUGGUCGAUAUGAAGGGGACAGUGGUAGUGAAUUGAGAGAUCAAUUGGAAAGUAGAGGAUUGGACCUAACUAGGGUGCGACCUUUGUGGAAUUCCCAGGGCCAUUCAGGUUCUGCAAUUGUUGAAUUUCAUAAGGAUUGGUCUGGAUUUAUCAAUGCCAUGUCUUUUGAGAGACAUUUUGAGGCUAAUGAUCAUGGAAGGAAUAAUUGGAUGUCAAAGAAUGGCACGGAGUCUGAUCUUUAUGCGUGGGUAGCUCGUGCAGAUGAUUAUAAUUCUAAUAAUAUUGUAGGGGAAGAUAUCCGCAUGUUUGGAGAUCUUAGAAACCUAUCAGAUAUUAUGAAAGAAGAAGGUCAUACUAUUACAAUGAUGGGAGAUAUCCAGCAUAAAGAUCUUUUGCUGCACACAGAAGAGAUUGGCAGUUGCAGUUCACAGAAAAUGAUUUCAAGAGACGCUGCAAAUCGCUUAGUCCUGGCAAAGCAUGAAGAACUGAAGAAUGGUAAAUACCAGGUUAAAUUAUCUUACCAUUUUUACACAUGCCCCUUCUGCCCUACUAAGAAGGGAGAGUUCCGGCAUAAAGAUCUUUUGCAACAUGCAAGUGCGAUUGGAUGUUUAGAGAAAAGGACUAUAAUAGACAAGGUAAAUCACCUUGCACUGGCUAUGUACUUGGAAAGUGACAUAUUUACUGAAGCUUCUCUAACGACACCUUCUAUGGAGGUAGAUUCCCUUGCAGAUCAUGACCGUGAUGAAAAGUUUGUGUGGCCAUGGGUUGGCGUCAUUGUAAAUAUUCCUAUCAGCUUUAUGGAUGGUCAUUAUGUGGGGGAGAGCGGUAUUGAGUUGAGGGAUCAGUUGGCGAGUAGAGGAUUUGAUCCAUAUAGGGUGCGUCCUUUAUGGACCUACCAAGGCCAUUCUGGUGCUGCAAUUGUUGAAUUUCAUAAGGAUUUGUCUGGACUUACUAAUGCCAUGUCUUUCGAGAAAGACUAUGAGGCUAAAGGUCAUGGAAAACGGAAUUGGCUGUCAAAGAAUGAGAAGGGCUCUGAUCUUUAUGCAUGGGUGGCUCGCGCAGCUGACUAUAAUUCCCAUAACAUUGUUGGAGAAGAUCUUCGCAAGUUUAAAGAUCUUAGAACUUUUUCAAAUAUUAUGGAAGAAGAAGCUGGAAGGACAAAGAUGUGCCCAUACUGCCCUGAAACAAGAAAACGGGACUUCCAGUACAAAGAUCUUUUACAGCAUGCAUCAGCGAUUGGCAAUUGCAACUCACUGAAAAGGACUGCAAGAAACAAGAAAAAUCAUCAUGAACUGGCUAAAUACUUGGAAACUCAUGUAGCUGCUAUAACUAGUCCCUCAAAGCCUUAUGUGGAGGCUGAUACCUUUGUAGAUAUUGAUCCUAAUGAAAUGUUUGUCUGGCCAUGGACUGGCAUCGUAGUUAAUAUUCCUACUACCUUCAAAGACGGACAUUUUGUAGGGGAGAGUGGUACUAAAUUAAGGGAUCAGUUGGCAAGUGGAGGAUUUAAUCCAACUAAAGUACGAGCUUUGUGGAAUAACCAAGACCAUUCUAGUACUGCAAUUGUUGAGUUUCGUAAGGAUUGGUCUGGAUUUACCAAUGCUAUGUCUUUUGAUAAAUAUUAUCAGGCUAAUCAACAUGGAAAGAGAAAUUGGCUGACCAAGAAUGAGAUGAAGUGUGAUCUUCACGCAUGGAUAGCACGUGCAGAUGAUUAUUAUUCUAAUCACAUUGUUGGUGAAAAUCUACGCAAGAUUGGAGAUCUUAGAACAAUAUCAGAUAUUAUGGAAGAAGAAGCUCGAAUGACCGCAAAACUAGUAGGCAAUUUGUCAAAUGCUGUUGAGGCAAAGAAAAUGUGUUUGCUAGAUAUAAAGAGUAAGCUUGAGGAGACAGAAAUCUCACUAUGCCAGUUGAUCAAGGAAAAGGCUCUUCGUCACGCAUAUAGUACUGAAGAGAUAAAAAAGACUGAGUCAAGUGCUAGGGAUCAUCUUAGGAGGAUAUACAAUUACCACGAGAAGCUGAAAUUUCAGCUGGAAACUCAAAAGAGAGAUCUUGAGCUCCGAGGUCAAGAACUAAUGAAGAGGCAGAUGCAAGAUGAAUUUAAGAGAAAAAAGCUUGCUGAAGACCUCAAGCAGAAUGCGGUAAAAUAUGGCUCCCAUCAAGCUGCUGCUGAGAUAAAAAGAAAGGCGGAUGAAAAAUUAAUGAAGUUGGCUGAGGUGCAGAAGAAACAAAAGGAAGAACUCCAUAGGAGAAUUAGUCAACUGGAGAAGAAACUGCAUGCAAAACAAGCUUUAGAGCUUGAAAUUGAGCAGUUAAGAGGUCAACUCAAUGUGAUGAAGUACAUGGAGGAUGAAGGUGAUUCGGAAGUCUUAAUAAAAGUCGAGUCAUUGCUCAAGGCCUUGAGGGAGAAGGAAAGAGAACUUGGAUAUAUGGAAACAUUAAACCAGACUCUAAUUGUGCAGGAGCGGAAGACAAAUGAUGAGCUACAAGAUGCCAGGAGAGAGUUGGUUAAUGGCAUGAAGGAAAUGUCGUUGAACACUCAUAUUGGUAUCAAGAGGAUGGGGGAGCUUGAUAGCAAGCCAUUUUAUGAAGUAAUGAAAAGGAAGUAUAGUGAGGCUGAAGCAGAUGAGAGGGCCUCAGAAUUGUGCUCACUUUGGGAGGAGUACCUUAAAGAUCCUGAAUGGCAUCCUAUAAAGGUGGUCAACGUUAAUGGCAAACAUCAGGCGGUGAUCAAUGAAGAAGACGAAAAACUGAGAGACGUGAAGGAAAGUUACGGGGACGAAGUUUACAACGCGGUCAUAAAAGCCCUCCUCGAGAUAAACGAGUACAACUCGAGCGGGAUGUAUGUAAUUUCAGAGCUAUGGAACUUCAAGGAGAGAAGGAGAGCCACCCUCAAGGAAGGGGUUGAGGCUCUGAUGAACCAGUGGAAGCACUCCAAAUGGAAAAGGGGGAUGGAUUGAUUUAUUUGAUUUGAUGAGUGGACUCGCCUGGCUUGGUUGAACUCAGUGAGUUUGUUGUAACUUGUAACACUAAUUCUAUUUGUUUUCCCAGAACAAAUAAUAAUCGAGUAAUAACCUGUACUCCGGAGUGCGUGUAUAUAUACCUUGUAACGGAGAAUCAUUUCUAUUGUGUGUAUUCAUGAAUUUGAUUACAAUUUUUAUACAUUUAUUUGUCUUGAGCCCAAUUGUCCUCUUUUGUGUUUAUAUGAUCUUUGCCUCGUCCAUUUUGUUUGUGACUUAUAUUCAAGCCAUAAUAAUUGUCUUAAUUUUUU